AUGUUGAUAGUUCUACUCUUAAUUUAUCUUUCUGGAAGUGUCGAUUCUGGUGGAAGUGACAUUCCACUGCAUUGGAGCAAUACGAAUUUAGUGUUUGUCGCAUCUGAUGAUCAUCUCGGAGUUCCACGAAUACUUCCACAAUAUUGGAAGCAAAUUCAGGCUCACAAAAAUAAUACAGAAAGUUCAGCUCCAAUAUUAAGUUCUAGUUUGUUUUCUGUUAGCUUUAAUUCGUCAGAACCUAGUUCCAGUGGUUUGAUAAAGUCAACAACAAAGGCAAACAAAAAAGUUACAAAAACAACCAAGAAAUCCACUAAAAAAGUGGCAAAAACAACCAAGAAAGCAAUUAAAAAAGCUACAAAAACUACUCCAAAAUCAAAAACCAAAAGUAACCAAAAGACUACAACGAAAAAGGUUAAGCCGAGAACUACGAAAAAAGUCACUAAAACUGUAAAAACUACGAAAAAAGGAGUUAAAAAAGCUAUAACUACCACAAAACCUAAAGCAACUACUAGAAAACUUAAAGGUACAACUAAAAAGGUCAAAGCUACAACUAAGAAGGUCAAAGCUACAACUAAGAAGAUUAAAGCUACAACUAAGAAGAUUAAAGCUACAACUAAGAAACCUAAAUCAACAAAAAAGAAAACGAAAUUUACAACAAAAUCCACAGCAGUUAAAGCAACAACUAAAAAGAAACUGAUUACAAGAAAUUUAAAAACAACUCCAAAACGGAAAAAUGUCAAAACCACGCCAAAACCACGUGCAAGAACUACUGCAACUAAAAUUAUAAGAAGAAGACGCAAGACUCAGACUCAGACUAAACCAACCAAAAAGCAAAAAGUUAAAAUUGGUUAA